UCUGAGAAAGAUGAUGAUGGCUCAGUUAUAGCAUUGCAUGCUAGAGAUGACAAGUGUUCUGCUUUCAUUUAAAUGUCAAACUGAUGCAUGUCUCAUUGUGUCUGACCAGGUUUUUGAAGCCAUUGUCUUUAUGUACUUCCUGGUGGAGAUGCUCAUUAAGGUGGCGGCCCUGAGUGCGUACGGCCAUAGAACUAGCUACUUAGCAUGCAAAUGGCACAGGUUGGAUGUGAUGGUCUUACUUGGAGAGUUGUUGGACUUUUUUCCUAUUCCUUCUGGUAUCCACUUGGCAAUUGGCCAUUCUCUCAAGCCAUUGAGACUAAUCAACAGAGUGCCAAGUAUAAAACUGUUGUUGUCCGUAAUUGUCGACACCCUGCCCAUGCUUGGACAUGUCCUCCUCUUGUUCAUCUUCGUGAUCCACAUUUUUGGUGUCGUAGGAGUCCACCUGUGGGGGGGAGAACUGCACAACCGCUGCUUCCUGGGAGAGGACAUUGUGACAAUGUACAACUUGUCCCUGAGUCCGUAUUUUGAUUACGUCCCUGGUGAAAGAGACUCAUUCGUCUGUUCACGUCACAGCUCGACAGGGGCGCGGCACUGCAAAGAUGUGCCCCCUUACCGGGAGGGUGGGAAUGUCUGCACGCUGGCUGCUCCUCACCAGGAUAAACCUGGUAACUGGGGAGUCACUGCGACGGCUGGGCCAAGUCAUGGAGACUGUGUGAACUGGAACCUGUUUUAUAAUGUUUGUCGCCCUGAUGGUCCAAACCCCAACAUGGGAUCUGUCAACUUUGACAACAUUGUAUAUGCAUGGAUCACAGUCUUCCAGGUCAUCACCCUUGAAGGUUGGACGGAUGUUAUGUACCUCGUGAUGGACACUCAUUCCAUCUGGAGUAUUAUACCGUUCAUUCUCAUGACUGCUCUGGGCUCAUUCAUUUUGAUGAACAUUAGUUCUGUCGUCAUCGCCUCCCAUUUCAUAGACGCCGUGAAAAAAGGAAGGAAAAAGGUGCAGGGGUCUGUGAUCAACUUCAAAGUUCGAUUCUAUAAGGUCAUCAAGCUGCUGGCUCGAUUCGUAAAAAGUUUGAUUAGAUGGCCAUCCUGGACUGACGAGGAAAGCUGGGGAAAUCUGUCACUGUGCAUCACGAAACCCAAUUCCCUUAUCUUUCAGCUUGAGUACUCACCUGGUCUGCUUGGCAAAAUUAAGCUAAUGGUGGAGGGCAAUUUCUUCCAACAUACAAUCUCGGUUUUAAUUGUCCUCAAUAUUAUCGGAAUGGCCGUUGACCACCAUGAUCAGCCUCAGGAAAUGGCGAGAGCGUUAGGAGUGUGUAACUUAAUUGUCACAGUAUUGUUUGCAAUUGAGAUGAUCUUAAAGGUCCUGGCAUUCAAACUGUGGUACUUUGUAGAUCGAACAAACCUCUUCGACUUUACCAUGGUCAUCAUCAGUGUUUCGGAAGAAUGGUCACAGACUAAAAGCGGGCUGUCGGUUCUACGAGUAUUUCGUGUGCUGCGCUUUGUGAAGCUGCUUCGCUUCAUGCCCAACCUGAAGAAACAGCUGAAUGUGCUGUGGAAGACCAUGAAAGAUGCAUCCACGCUCUGCUGGCUCAUGCUGUUUUUCAUUUUCAUCUUUAGUGUGAUGGGGAUGCACCUGUUUGGCUGUAAAAUGAACUGGCUGCCUCAAUAUGGAGAAGUCGUCGAUGACAGAAAAAACUUUGACUCACUGCUCUGGUCCAUGGUGACAGUGUUCCAGAUUGUGACUCAAGAAGACUGGAAUCUGGUGCUGUACAACGCCAUGGCUUCCACCUCCCUGUGGGCUGCACUAUACUUUAUAGCCAUAAUUGUACUGGGAAAAAUUGUUCUGUUGAAUCUCCUUGUAGGGAUGGUGGUUGAAAACUUCCACAAUGAGCACUCCAGCCCAUCAAGUGAAAAUGAAUCUCUCUUUGCAAGUUCCAAUUCAUCACAGUCCAUCCCUGAUGAUGACCCAGAAACAAUCAUUCAUAGUGAUCCUACCUCUGAGCUCGGGAGCAUUGAUGCCACAAGCAAUAUCCUUGAGGAAGAUUCUUCAGCAAGCGAUACCAACCUGGAUAAUAGUUCCUUGAACCUGAUCCAAAGAGGGCAGCGCUGGUGCACAAAGUAUAAGGACUGGACAUUGUACAUAGUGUCUCCAAAGAACAAGUUCCGCAUAUUGUGCCAGCAUGCUGUUUCACACCAGUACUUUGACAAUAUAAUUGUCUUCUUCAUCGUGCUGAGUUGCAUCACCAUCACUAUGGAGAGGCCUGACAUAGAUCCCGAGGAGCGACUGAUCCUGGAUGUGGCCUAUUAUUUUGUUUCCUUUGUUGGUUUUUUGGAGAUGUUCAUGAAGGUCACAGCAUUUGGUAUGAUAUUUGGAGAUACGAGCUACUUCCGCAGCCCUUGGAACAUGAUGGACGGUUUGCUGGUGAUUGUUUCUGUAAUCCAAAUCCUAAUCUCAUCGGUGGUUCAUGAACAACAUGAGAUACUCAGCAUUCUCAGAAUCCUUCGCGUGCUUCGAGCUGUCCUCCCCCUUAGGAUGGUUAAACUAUUCCUGAAACUGAAGCUGGCUAUGGAAGCUCUGACGGCAUCGCUGAAACCAGUUCUGAACGUUCUUCUCAUUUGCUUUGUCUUCUUCUUCUUUUACGGCAUUCUUGGCAUGCAGUUGUUUAAAGGGAAGUUCUUCUACUGUGUGGGUGAGGACUUAAGCAACAUUGUCAACAAGUCUGACUGUCUGGCAGCCAACUACCAGUGGGAGCGGAAGGCGUACAACUUCGACAGCCUGCUGCAGGCCAUGUUUACCCUCUUUGUGAUGUACACCAAGGAUGGCUGGGUUAACAUCAUGUAUGAUGGACUGGAUGCUGUAGGAGUUGACCAGCAGCCCAUUAAGAACUACAACAAAUGGAUUCUGCCUUAUUUCCUCUCCUUCAUGGUGAUGAGCUUCCUCUUGUUGGACAUGUUCAUUGGUGUAAUAGUGGACACCUUUCACGAUUGUCACCUGAACCAGAAACAAGAGGAUGAAGAGUUGAGAAACGAAGAACAUCUGAUCGAAAGCCAGGGGACUGAAGGGGAGUCACCUGAGUGUGAGCAAACGGCAUCUUUUGACGGUUCCUGGAUGUGGCAGCUUUUAUAUAAGAUAUGUACCAGUAGAGCCCUGGAAUUCUCAGUGACUGUCAUCCUUAUCAUCAAUGUUUUGCUGAUGGGGAUUGAACAUUAUAACCAGCCAGAGGUCAUAAACAAAGUCACUGACUACUCCAACUAUGUGUUCAUGAUCAUCAUGAUCACUGAGGUUCUGUUGAAACUUGUGGUGUUCGGUGUAAUGAAGUUCAUAAAAGACUGCUGGAACCUUCUGGACAUCAUCAUCAUCUUGCUUUUCGUCAUUAGCUUUGUUCUCACCCAGUUAAGGAUGACAAACAUCAUUUCUUUCAAUCCCAGCAUCCUGAGAUUCUGUAAGAUCCUCAGGCUCUCUCAAGUGCUGAAGAACAAGAUGAUAAGAACCCUGAUAAAAACCCUUAACACGACUCUGCAUCAGAUUUGGAGUAUCUUUCUUCUUUUCCUGUUCUUCUUGUUUGUGUACGCCGCGCUGGGAGUGGAGCUCUUUGGCAAGUUAGAGUGUUCUCCUGAUUAUCCGUGUCUGGGGUUACAUCGGAACAGCAACUUUCAAAACUUCCCCAUGGCUAUGCUCACACUCUACAAAGUGUGCACGGGAGACAACUGGAGUGGGAUUUUGAAAGACACAAUGAGGAAAUGCCGGUCUGAUGGCAUCAAGUGUCAGAGCUUUCUCGUCUGGGUCUCUCCACUUUACUUUUCAACUUUUGUCAUUUUGGCUCAGUUUGUGUUGGCAAAUCUGAUCAUAGCAUUGAUCAUGCAAGUCCUGCAAGACUGUGAGGAGGAAGUUGAGACAGACCUGCUCGGGCAAGAAAUGUUUCUAUCACCAGAGGACAAUGCAGAGAUCUCUACCUUGGGCCAACGUGAUGAUCAAUCCACACCACCGGAUUCAAUCAGCCUGUAACAGUAAAAUCUGUUCUUAAAAUGGCAAAUGUUGUAUAACCACCUAUGUUUUGUAAACUCAUAUAGCAAAUGUUAAGUAAUUCAUUUCUUGCAUGUUAUCUAUUUUUAUUGGGAUUUUGUUUCUUUGUUUUAUCGCUGUUUCAUAAAUGAGACCGCCACACCUCUGUGUUUGAAAGUAUUAAUAGUUUAAAUACUUGAAAUGUACAUAGUUUGGUUCAUCAUAUUAACUUUAAUAUGAUUUUUUAAGUAAUGUGACUUGUUAAUUUCUAUGUUAUCUUGCAUGUUAUCUAUUUUUAUUGGGAUUUUGUUUCUUUGUUUUAUCGCUGUUUCAUAAAUGAGACCGCCACACCUCCGUGUUUGAAAGUAUUAAUAGUUUAAAUACUUGAAAUGUACAUAGUUUGGUUCAUCAUAUUAACUUUAAUAUGAUUUUUUAAGUAAUGUGACUUGUUAAUUUCUAUGUUAUCUUGCAUGUUAUCUAUUUUUAUUGGGAUUUUGUUUCUUUGUUUUAUUGCUGUUUCAUAAAUGAGACCGCCACACCUCCGUGUUUGAAAGUAUUUAUAGUUUAAAUACUUGAAAUGUACAUAGUUUGGUUCAUCAUAUUAACUUUAAUAUGAUUUUUUAAGUAAUGUGACUUGUUAAUUUCUAUGUUAUCUUGCAUGUUAUCUAUUUUUAUUGGGAUUUUGUUUCUUUGUUUUAUUGCUGUUUCAUAAAUGAGACCGCCACACCUCCGUGUUUGAAAGUAUUAAUAGUUUAAAUACUUGAAAUGUACAUAGUUUGGUUCAUCAUAUUAACUUUAAUAUGAUUUUUUAAGUAAUGUGACUUGUUUUAGAUUAAAACUUUCAAGUUUGGAAAA